CCUCAACUCCCGGACCUCCUGCCAGCGUCUCCCACUCUUCCACUUCUCAGCCGACUUCUUUCCCUGUCCAUCGGCCACUUGAUUUUCUUGCUUCUUGUUCUCACUACGCUUUAAUAUUACCAACGUUCUUUGAUUCUUUCCUUUUUGAAUCUCAAAAUGGCUUCUCCCCGUGCUGCUUCCCCCCUGACCUCCGGUGCUGAGUCCGGCCCCGACUCCAAGUCUGCUGGCGCUGGUUCCGGCGCCUCUGCCGUCUCCUCCGUCAACCGUCCUUCCUCUCCCACUCCUCCUGGUGGUCCCCGGGCUGCUUUGCGUCGCCGCGCGGCCGCUGAUCACAAGGAGUCCAUCCGCAAUGCCAGACCUAGCUCGACCCGCGCCGCCGGUGCUGGUGGUUCCUCCGGCACGAUGCUCAAGCUCUACACUGACGAGAGCCCCGGCUUGAGAGUCGACCCCGUUGUUGUCCUGGUUCUCAGUCUGGGCUUCAUCUUCUCCGUCGUCGGUCUCCACGUCAUCGCCAAGAUCACCCGCAAGUUCUCCUCGUAAGCCGCUGAAACGCGACUUUCAUACUCGCCAAAUCGCCCGUCUCCUGAUCCCUUGAUACGUGAGAUAUCUGUACUCGUGUUGAAUGAGUGGGGUCGCGCGCGAGAUUAGGGACUCGGGGUUAGGCGAGGCCAGCGAAUUCAAUUAUAACAUCUUUUGCCUCUUUGAUAACAUAUACCCCUGGUGUCCCUUGCCUCAUUCUUCUGUGUGCCGGUGGUGGAGGGGAUAGCAAAGCACUUGUCGAGCUUGUGCUGAAAUAUCUGGUCCAGAUCUAUCUGCAGAAUAGGUUGGAACGAUCAUCGCUUGAUUAUGCCGUGCACAUGGGCCAUCAACGUUAAUGGAGAGCUUAGUCCGUGAGAAAUGCGUUUGUGUAAUAUAGUGCUUGUCAAUGGAACAUGAGUCUUGAUGGAAAUUUAAUAUCAAU